AUGAGCGAAGCAAUAAACUAUAAUGAUCGUUUUCGUCCACGUGCACAAUCACUUUUUGAAAAUCGUCAACGAACUUAUAGUGAAUUAACGAUUUCUUUACUUGAUCGAUUUCUUACAUCUCGAAAAUUAACUAAUAUUUCUAAUGAAACUACUGCACCAUCAUCAGAUGAAUGUGAAUUUAUUAUUCGAAAUGGUACAAGACGUACGAUAUUUUUUAUAUGUCAACCUCUUAUUGCUGGACUCUUAGUUUUUCCAUUAUUAAUACUUUUUUGGCAAGCAGGAUGGAAUUGUAUGGUCGAAUUGUUAGGUACUCCUACUCGUAAACAUUGGGCAACGUUACCGAACCAUUGGGCAACAUUACCUAUACUUUAUAUGAUGGCUCAAGUCAUUUUUCUCCUAAUCUAUUUAAAUCAAGAUCGUCUCUAUGAUUAUUUACAUAAACGAAAAAAUAAAUUAUUUAUUUCUAUUAUUUUACAAUGUCAUAAUUUUCUAACUUCAUCAACUUAUAUUCUUCAAUGGGUAUCAAUGUGGACUAUAUGGGAUCGUUAUACAUCAGCAGAUUGGUUACUUAUGCUUAUAGUUAGUAUAGCUGCUAUCCUAGCUGUUAUUGCUAUAAUGGGACAUCCAUGUGAUCUUGUCUGUGCUCCAUUUAUACUAAGUUAUGAUUCAAUUGAAUAUAAUAUUCGAAUUGGAUCACCAUUUGUCACUGAAAAAAUUAGUGAAUGUCUUGCUCAUUUUCUUAAUUAUAUUUUUUAUGAAUUUAUUAUGUCACUUCUAUCUAUCCUAGCUUGGCGUGGUUCAUAUACAUUACUUGAUGUUUUUCUUUAUCCAAACAGUCCUCGUAUAUCAGCUGCCUUAAGUCUUUGUCUUGGUUAUCCAUUAUAUUUUCUUCUUAUGUAUACUCAAUCUUAUUCGGAUAAAGCUUGUUUAUUACCAACAUUUAUCUAUUUAAAUUAUCCAUCUUUUAUACAAACUAUUCGUCAUCUAACUGCGUUUUUUACAUGUAUUUUAUUAUGGAGAGGUUUUUGGCUUUUAUUUGAUGAGGAUAUAGCUACAAUGUCAUUAGCAAAAGAAUCUCCAUGUUUAUUUUAUAUACUUUGUAUGUCAAUAUCAUUUUUUAUUUUAAGUCUUAUGAGAACUGCAUCAUCUAUAAAUGGUCCUAUGUCACAUAUGUCUGAUCGCUAUGAUCUUUUUCCUCAUUAUCCAAAUUGUUAUUUAAUUCAUUGGUUUAAUCAAAUGGAGAACGCAGACGAAACUGCAUCAGAUUCAAGUAGAAAUACAACUAUCGAACCAUAUUCAAAUUCAUUUCUUUAA